AACUGUUAGAACGAGCUGAUAAACCACACGGAAGAGUUUCGCGAACGGACGUUUUCUGUAAGAGAUUUGUCAGGCUGUACAAUUGAUUUGAUUCGUCUUGUUCUUAAACAUUCGGUGGUCUUUUGUUUGUUUUGUAAACGGUAAAUAUGGAUAUAUUUGGCAUGUAAGAAAUUAAUCGUUUACAUUUACGCACUAUAAUGGGUGAGGCCGAGCAAAGAGAGCUAUCUCAUAAAACCGAGGGCAUUGACUGGGGUGGACAAGUUUGUGGACAGGCUCAGAUGACGGCCAAUAACAACAGCUGGAAUCAUGCUUUAGUGAAGAAUGCACAUGACGGACUGAGUUUGCCUUCAUCAGACUGUGACAGAUGUUCAGUGAUAUCAGGAGAGUGUCUUUAUUAUCAUUAUGGUUGUGACGGAAAGGAUGACAGAGGUUGGGGCUGUGGAUACAGGACAAUUCAGACCAUGGCUUCGUGGUUGUGUCUCAGUCAACCUCUCAGUGUAAGCCCCAGACCCCCACCUAGUCUUUCUGAAAUACAACAAAUUUUGGUAAGAAUAGGGGACAAACCCGAUUCAUUCCUGGGUUCCAGAGAGUGGAUAGGCACGUUUGAAGCAAGUCUUAUUCUUGACGAGCUCUAUGAUGUUCCCUGCCGCAUAGUGCAUGUGCGGCAUGGCAAAGAGCUUGAGCAAGCUGUAGAAGAUCUUCAUAGCUAUUUUUCUACACAUGGGUCACCUGUUAUGAUGGGAGGAGACCGGGACAAUUCCUCUAAGGGCAUCUUAGGUGUGUGCACAAGGAAACAGGGGAGCUAUCUGCUUGUUAUGGAUCCUCAUUACUUUGGCUGUCCCUUAGAUAAAAACUCUUUGCAAAAACUGGGCUGGGUUUCAUGGAAAUCAGUUGCUUCUCUGGAUCAGUGCUCUUUCUACAACCUUUGUCUGCCUCUUAAUGUUAAGUGACAGGAUUUUUAGUUAUAUAAUGUUGUUAUCACAAUGGAAAUUCAGACGUCAUGGUCAUCAUGAGAGACAGACGAAACAAGAAUGGAUUACAGAACUUUUCAAGCUAUACACUAUUGAACACAACUUGCAUUUGAAAUGUGUAGUGUUGUUUUUAGGGCACUCCAAAACAUUAGUUGACAAUGUAAAAUUAUUUUACUCAUGAAACUGUUAUUGAAUUUUUUUAUUAAUAAAAUAAAUAAAGUAUGUUUGUUUGCUUUUAGAUCAUAUUCACUUCUAUUGACUUUCUCCCCCCAAGACAAUACAAACGCAUGUAUAAACUUUAUUUUUACAUACUUCUUUCUUACAAAUUAAAUUCUCAAUAAUAUUCUGA